AUGGCUCCACCAUUGAAGACUGGUAGUCGCAACAUUUCCUAUACGUUUCCAAAUCCGAAUCUGGAUUCUCUUGAAUGUUUAGCAAAAAAGAUCACGCCGGAUGAAUCAACCAAGUUCCGCGAGAAAUAUGGGUAUAUUCUGAGUCUUCUCAAGAUGCCGUUCACCAAGUACGAGCAAGAGGGAGUUCAUACCUUGCUUCAGUUCUAUAAUCCUUCCCUCCGUUGCUUCACGUUCCCCGACUAUCUUUUGGUUCCCACAUUGGAGGAAUAUUCUCUUUUCCUCGGUAUUCUGAUCAAGAAGGGAGAAGUUCCGUACUAUGGCACCAUGGAGGCUCCCACUUCCAUCGAAAUAUCCAAGGCUCUUUAUUUGAGCAAGUCAGUUGUCGAUGCAAGUCUCUCCAAGAAAGGAGGUUUUCAGGGUUUUCGCAUGGAGUUUUUGGUUAAAAGGGGUUGUGAGGCCGCUGAAGCGAAAGAAUGGGACACUUUUAGGGCUAUCUUGGCUCUAAGUAUCUAUGGUAUCGUGAUGUUUUCAAACGUGCCCGACUUUGUGGAUAUGAAUGCCAUUCACAUAUUCAUUCUAUCACAUUUGCCUGAGCGUGGAGCUUUCGUUGAUAGUAGGCACACAUCUAAAUGGGCUGAAAGGAUUAUGGGGCUUAGGGCCAAGGACAUUGUCUGGUAUAAUAGAUCUUUAGAUAACAUGGAAGUUGUUAUGAGUUGUGGGAAGUUCAACAAUGUACCUCUCAUGGGUAUCAGAGGUGGGAUCAAUUAUAAUCCCGUCUUGGCUAGGAGAACUUAUGGAUAUGCUUUUAUCAAUCCUCCUGAGCAAACUGAGAUUGCUGAGAACAUUUUCUAUCAUGCGGCCACCAACAUUGGACAAAUGGCAGAAGCUGUGCAGGCUUGGAGGAGUAUUUGUUGGAGAGAUAAGAAGCAUUUUGGACAGAGAGACAAUGCAACUUAUGGAGACUAUACUGAAUGGGUCAAGACUGUGGCCAAUACCCAAGGGAUGCCUUUCCCUCCUAAGGAUCCUUUGUACCCCCCUGCUGAGCUUGAAGAAUUGUAUGCUAGAGGAAGUACUUCUCAGAAAAGGCCAAGGGUGACUAUAGACCCUAAAUUUACUGAAACUCAAGAGAAGAAACUGAAAGAACAUUACGAGGCUCAGUUGGCAGAUUUGACUAAAAGACUCCAGAUUCAGACUGAAAAUGCCAAUUCAGAGAAAUCUCGUCGCAAGAAAGCAGACAAACUCUUGUUGGAUCGCCAGAAUACCAUAGAGAAGUGUUAUGAAGAGAUCCGAAAGCUGAAGGGUCAGAUAAGAGAAAAAGACCAGAGUAAUGCCCAAGCUCAAGAAGAAGCCAGGUAUUGGGAGGUGAAGAAUCGCCACAUGGAGACAAUGCAUUUCAGAAAAGACCUGCUGAUUCAAGAGAUCAUUAAGAGGCCAACCCGUGUUGAGACCAAGAAGCUCUUUGAAGAAAUGAAGACCUGGAGUGAUAAGAACAUUGGAGAGAGUCCCCUCCGUCAUGUAGACAUGGGGGAUCCCGCUUAG